UGGCCCCGGCCGCCGGGCCAUGGCCGGGCUCCGGCUCCCGGCCCCGGAGGUCGCCCGGGGGAGCAGCGGUUUCCGUGGCGGCGACGCCGCUCUCCGGGGCGAAUUUGCAAGUUGCACUGAAAUAAGACCCUGCUGCUGCAAAUAGAGCUGGUUACCAUGAAGCUUGCCGGCAUUGUCUGCAUCAGGGAACACUAUGGAGCAAUUUUCAACAUGGAGGAGAAACUGUUGUGUGCAUCUGGUCACAGAGGACAUUAUUUCAACAACAGAAAACUUCCAGUGAGUGGGGCAGCAAAUUCCUGGCACCGACCCCCUAGCUCUGGAGUGAAGGGAAAUGCUGGAGCACUGAAGGAUAAAACCAUGAGAGCAGUGGUGACGGGAGGUGGAGGCUACUUUGGAUACAAGCUUGGAUGUGCUCUUGCCAACUCAGGAGCUUCAGUUGUUCUGUAUGAUAUUCACAAGCCUAUCUGGGAAAUUCCUAAUGGAGUAGUGUGCAUCCAGGCAGAUGUCAGGGAUUAUGAUGCCAUAUUUGCAGCCUGUGAAGGGGCUGACUGUGUGUUUCAUGUAGCUUCAUAUGGAAUGUCAGGAAGAGAGCAAUUGCACAAAGAAGAGAUUGAAACAGUAAACAUCAAUGGGACAAGAUUCAUCAUUGAUGCUUGCAAACAAAGGAACAUCUCUAGAUUGAUAUACACCAGUACAGUAAAUGUGGUGUUUGGAGGGCUUCCUAUUGAAGAUGGUGAUGAGGAAACUGUGCCAUAUUUUCCUAUAGAAAAGCAUGUUGAUCAUUAUUCCAGAACCAAAUCAAUUGCAGAACAAAUGGUACUAGCAGCUAAUGGAACUCCACUAGCAGGAGGUGGAGUACUCCACACAUGUGUUCUUCGCCCACCAGGAAUUUAUGGACCAGAAGAGCAAAGACAUCUGCCAAGGCUAGCAAAGAAUAUUGAAAGAGGGUUACUUAAUUUCAAGUUUGGGGAUCCUUCUGCUAAAAUGAACUGGGUGCAUGUAGAGAACCUUGUACAAGCUCAAAUUCUGGCUGCUGAAGCUCUCACUCCUGAGAAGAACUACAUAGCUAGUGGUCAGGUGUAUUUCAUUCACGAUGGUGAAAAAUUCAACCUUUUUGAAUGGUUAGCUCCACUUUUUGAAAGAUUAGGUUGCAGUAAGCCAUGGAUACCUAUUCCUACUCCUUUAGUUUAUGCAUCAGCCACAGUCAUGGAGCAUCUUCAUCUGAUUCUGAAACCAUUGGUUGAGCUGUCACCUCUGCUGACCAGAAAUGAGGUACAGGUGCAGAACAUCUCCACAACGCACACCUUCAGCAUCGACAAGGCCCGCAGGCAGCUGGGCUACAGCCCGGAGAAGUUUGCAUUCGCUGAUUCUGUGGAGCAUUACAUCAAAACCAGAGCAGAGGCCCGGAACGAGCACGUCUUCCCCAGAGUGAUGCUUUUGUUCUUUGUGAUUUUAAGUUUGAUUUUUCUUUCUUUAAGAUUUGAUGACCUUUCAGUUUUGCACUUUUUUAAGGAAACACAGCACUGACUCACACAGACUGCACGUGCCCUCUGCAGAAUUGCUCCCAUGGAACAUCAGCUCCACGACAGACAGGCCCCAGUGAAUACGUAGGCGCUUAUUUUAGAUUAAAAACAGAACAAGUCUGAACACCACCAACAGUGUAAACAAUUACAGCCAAAGUCCAUCACCAAGACACGUUUAAGUCACACAUCUUUCCAAACUGACUGCUGGAGUGCACGAGGAGCUGCAAAAGGAACACGGGGCACAGCCCGCAGUGCUUCACCGAUGGAGAACAGCGGCGGAAAGCAGAUGGAGUCAGUGCAGCAGCGGGGAGCUGAGCAACGUGCUGAGGAAGCACGCCGAGCGCUCCCGGCUGUGAAUCACACCUGUGGGCUGCACGGAGCUCACACGGCGUGAACUUCCUUUGUGAAUUGGCUGUCACUGCAUAUGAGGGAAAAUAAAAGGGAACGUGAA